AUGGCAUCGGGCGCUGGCACUGAUGUGGCAGGCCCGUCGGCAGAGGCGAGCAUGGAGGUUGAUCCGUAUCUCAAGGCUGGGCGCGCGGCGGCCGAGCAGAUGAUCCGGGUGGCGGCGUCGAUGGCCCACAUCUCGCCGUUCAACUACGAGACGCAGCAGCCAGCCACAGGCUGGAAGUUUGCCAAGCUCAACCGUGGCGUCCUCAUCUACAAGCGGACCAUGCCCGGCUCGGCCUCGCACGCCUUUCUGGGCAAGGGCGUCGUCGGCGUCCCACCCGAGUCGGUCUACCAUACACUCAAGUCGCUCGACGUUGUUGUCAAGCUCUCCGAGGACGAGCACCAUUGCUGCCAGAUCGUCCAUGCAUUUCACGUCACCUCGCGGUGCCUGAUGAAGCACGCUCGCGAUUUUGCGUGUGUCAUGUACAACGGCGUCACCAACUCGAACCGGUGCUUUGUCUCGGCCACCACCGGCGCGGUCCACCCGCUCUGUCCGCACAUGGACGGCGUUGUCCGCGGCCAUGUCAAGGCCUCAUCCUGGUUUGUCGAGCCGUACGGCGAGGCCGACUCGAUGGUCACCUUUUUCUCGCAUGUCGAGUUUGGUGGCCGCCUGCCGACCUCGGUCGUCAACCUCGUCUCCAUCGGACAGCCCAUGUGCAUCUACCAGCUCGGCCUGCUCAUGCUAGAGCGCAAAAAGCUGACCGCUCUUCUCCAGCCGCCGCGUCCGCCGCUCGAGGCCCUUGCUCUCUGCAAGCCGUAUCUCACCCCGCACGAGCAGUCGGAGAUCCUCGGCUACGACCUAGUCUACUUUGCUGGGCCCUACGCACGCAAGCGCGGGCCGACGGCCUCGUCACUCAAGACCGCAAAGCGCGUCGGCCUCGACGAGCUCUCCGUCGGUCUCCUCACAACCUCGGCCGCACUCGGCGACGAUGCCUUUCUUGACUCGUUCGACACUCCCGACGGCGAGUACGCGCUUUCGGUCCACGACCACAUCGCCUUUCGCUACGAGGUCCUUGGCAUGCUCUCUUGCGGCGUAACCUCGCAAGUUGUCAAGGUCUUUGACCACAAGACCCACACCACAUGUGGCAUCAAGAUCAUCAAGAACAAGCGCGUCUUUCGCCACAUCGCCCUCUCGGAAAUCGGGCAUCUGAACGCUGUCGCCCGUGGCCGCGAAGCGCUCACCGAUGACACCUUUGACGUCGCCGCCGCGCUCGCCGCUGCACCACAUCCGCCCGACGCUGCACCCGCCGACACCGACAUUGCGCGCGCUGUCCUCGCCGUCGGCGCCGACUCGAUCGGCGGGCUUAUCCGCCACUUUGAGUUCCGCGGGCAUCUGUGUAUGGUCUUUGAGCUCAUGAGCUCUAACCUGCUGAAUGUGGUCAAGGUCAACCGCUACUCGCGUAACCUGACCAUGCUUGCGCUGCAGGACAUGGCCAUCCAGGUCACCUCGGCGCUUGCCCUCCUGCACGCUCUUCAGAUUGUUCACUGCGACCUCAAGCCCGAAAACAUCCUCGUCCGGAACCCGGCUGCCACCGACGUCAAGCUGGCAGGCAUGCGAAAUACCCAGAUGUAUAUCCAGACCCGCUACUACCGCGCGCCCGAGAUCGUCCUCGGCUCGACGUUUACCACUGCCAUCGACGUGUGGUCGCUCGGCUGUGUGCUCGCCGAGGUCUACACCGGCCGCCCGCUCUUCCCAGCCCGCCACGAGUCAGAGCUGCUCCUUCUCAUCCGCGACAUCCUUGGCGAUCCUCCGCAGUCGGUCUUGCGCGCUGCCACCCGCCGCGAGCUCUUGGUCAUGGGCGUCAGCGCCGACGACCCGCAGCUGCAGCUCCGUGAUAUGCGCUCGUUCGCACCUGGCCGCCGCCACCGCCCUUGGCUGCCACGACCCCUCUUUGUCGACUUUCUCUCGGCUUGCCUCGCCUGGGAUCCUGCCGACCGCUGGCCUGCGCUCGCCCUACUCUCGCAUCCGUGGCUCGCCCCGCGCUUCCGUGACCGCUUUGCCCCGCACCUCGCGCCACCAUCGGUCGCCUCUGCUAGCGCCGCUGGCGAUGCCGCCGGCCCCUCGGCCACCAUCCUCUCGCCCGAUUCGGCCGCUCCGCCACCAUCGUCGCGCCCGAUAUCGUCGGUCACUGCGGGCUCGUCCAGCACUGCCGUGUCAUCGUCGAUGGUUCCGCUCCAGUCCACACUCGCCGACGUCCCACCGUCGUCCGAGCACGUCCAGGAGCUGCUUUUCCGCAAGGAGGACUAUUUUACCGUCUGA